AUGGCCGCCUUGAUUGGUGCAAGACUAGGUUCCCAUUUACAGAAGUCGCUCAUGGUCACAGACAUUACAUAUUGGUCCGACAGCCAGAUCGUCCUGCACUGGUUGAAGUCAUCGAAACCUACCAAGAGAUUUAUUACCAACCGAGUAACCGAGAUGUCUAACUUAACCUCAGGGUCGUCAUGGAGAUAUUGCCCAACAGAUAGUAACCCUGCGGAUCUACUUACCCGAGGAAUCACUGCAGAUAAGUUCCUGAGUAGCAGCCUAUGGAGUACCGGUCCUUCCUGGUUAUGUAACACUAGUGCGUGGCCUACUUGGGGUUCUACACAGGCAUUGAUGCAAACGACCAGUGAAGAGCAGACGACAUUAGAUGAUAAUCCUGACAUACCCGCCAACCAGCAGACGACAUCUAGCCAAGACAUUAGCAGACAUAACCAGAUUCAGCAAAUACAGCAAGCUCCUUCGUGUUACGGCCUAAGAAACCGCUUAUCCGAUGAAGUUACCUACGUGAAGUCCCCUACGUCCCGCAUACCUCGUCCAACGCUUGUGAAUAAACUACAGUUGUUUCCAGACGGUAAUGGCCUACUUCGAUGUGGCGGCAGAAUCCAGAAUGCCCCUGUUGCUGAAUCAACAAAGUUUCCUUACUUAUUGCCUAAGAAACACCUACUUACCCGCCGAAUUGUAUUGCACGCCCAUGAGAAAUACCUGCAUGCCGGAACGAACGCUACAGUAACCAACAUUCGUCAGAAGUAUUGGAUACCGGCCAUUAGACAGUGUGUGAACGCCAUAACCCGUAAGUGCGUGACAUGCAGACGAGUCAUCGGGAGACCCUACAGUGCCCCUGAUCCACCACCGUUGCCAAAGAUACGAGUUGAAAAUGCACCUCCAUUCACAGUCACAGGUGCUGACUUUACCGGAGCCAUCCAAACUAAGAACAAUACAGGAACCACAUCAAAGGCAAACAUAUGUCUCUUCACAUGCGCAGCUACACGAGCUAUACAUUUAGAAGUUGUCACCGACCUAUUAGAAUCUACAUUUAUGCAAGCGUUUAGAAGGUUUGUCAGCAGAAAGUCCCUUCUUAAAGUCAUGAUAUCAGACAACGCUACGACAUACCAGUCUGCUGCUACCAGUCUCAGAGAACUGUUCCAGUCUGCAUCUAUUAGUACAUCACUGAGUGAAAUGGGUACAGAAUGGCGAUUUAUACCUAAGAGAGCUCCCUGGUACGGAGGAUUCUGGGAAAGACUCAUUGGCCUGACGAAGGUGACCCUUAAGAAGAUUAUUGGACGAGCGUACGUUACCCUGGAAACACUUCAAACCAUCACUAAAGAGGCAGAGUGCAUGAUCAACAAUAGACCGCUGACGCACGUUCCAUCCAGUCCAGAUGAUCCUAGACCACUGACCCCAGCACACCUGUUGUAUGGCCGCCAGACGACAUCAUUACCAUAUUCCAACGACAUUGUGAUGUAA